AUGAAGUUCUCCGCUGUCAUCGCUCUCGCUGCCUCAGCCUCCGCUGCUACUCUUCAGAAGAAGCAGGCUCAGGAGUAUCCUAUCGGCAACUUCUACGCCGACUGCAUUCCUCACAGCACCUUCUGCUCAUACAACUUCACCGUCACCUCAGACCCCGUGCUGCCCGCCAGCCACUGCGGUGCCUUCUUGCAGGGCCCCGAUCAGCUUCCUGAGAUCAAGGACGGCUCAUGCCCCGACAACGUCGCCUACACAUGGUCGUUCACCAAGACCGCUGAUGGCGGAGCUGACUUCGCCAUCUGGUACGCCUUCAACUCGCGCAGCAACAUCACAUACUGCCACUCAAUCCCUGCCGACGAGAUCGUCACCGAGAACAACGGUGCUGUCCAGACCCAGCACUACCGUGGUCCUCAGAACUUCACUGCUUCCAUCUUCGACUGCCCUUCCACUAGCGCAUAA